AUGGCAAAAGGCAGGCCACCUACCUCGGGAUACGCCCGCAUCGCCCAAGCCGAGGAAGAGGAGGACGUCCUCGACGACUCCGAAGAUGACGACCUUCACCGCGGUCAGGGCUCCAUUUCUGGUCGUUAUGCUCCCAUCCAGCCUCGUCGCCACGCCCGCAUGACCCCGACCUCCGGCUCGCCCUCGAGACGUCAACCUGGCAGACGCGUUCGCAGCAAUUCCGGCGUCGACAUAAAGGCAAUCAACGCGCGUCUGGAGAGAUGGGCGGACGAGAUCGCCUCCAAGUUCAAGAUCAAGAAAGGCCGUGGGAAGACACAGCAGGAAGAGCAGCUGGAGAUACACCACUCUGUCUUCCAGGCUCCGGACUGGAUUCGUCCUGCCACCGCUGAAACGCUGGCCAAGGACUAUGACGGCUCCCACCCCGACCGCUUGACCAAAUUGGAGUUUGACGAUAUUGUGGAAAGUGUCCGCACCGCCAUUGAACUCGGUACCCAUCCAAAGAUGAUCACACAAGGCAGUUCUGGUAGCUACUUUGCCCGCAAUCCAGAUGGCAAGGUUGUCGGCGUCUUCAAGCCCAAGGACGAGGAGCCUUACGCCUCCAGAAACCCCAAGUGGACCAAGUGGAUACACCGCAAUCUGUUCCCCUUCGCAUUUGGCAGAGCGUGCCUUAUUCCGAACCUCAGCUACGUGUCCGAAGCCGCAGCCUACGUUCUCGAUACCCAGCUCCGAACAAACAUUGUCCCUUACACCGAAGUCGUCGGGUUGUCGUCCAAGUCUUUCUACUACGACUUCUGGGAGAGGCGAGCAUUCUACAGGAAGAAGAAGCCAUUGCCGGAGAAGCUUGGUAGCUUUCAGGUCUUCUUGAAGGGCUACAAGGAUGCCACGCUUUUCCUAAAGGAGCACCCAUGGCCGGAUCAGCACAAUAAUGCACUCCGGGAUGCUCCUGCACGGCGGAAAAAGAGAAGAUGGGCCGAGGAUUGCAGGCCGAGCGGCCCGGCGUCGGAUGACGAGGACGACGACCGGCCUCCGACUGCCGACGAGACCCAAGUGCGCCGAGGCUUUUGGUCAGAGCGCCUGCAACAGUCUUUCCGCGAGCAAUUGGAGAAGCUGGUCAUCUUGGACUAUCUCAUGAGAAAUACGGACCGAGGUCUGGACAACUGGAUGAUUAGAAUUGACACAAAGACGGAGGAAGCUACCAUCGUGGCAGAACCGCCAAAGGACCGCCGUUCAAACGGCUCCACCGAUGAGCCGUACAAGCGGCAAGAACAGAUGGUUGCAACUAGCAGAUCAGGAACUCCUGCGAACGUGCCACCUUCUUCAGAUGAUGACCCGAAGGUAUCACUGGGAGCUAUUGAUAAUAGUCUUUCAUGGCCGUGGAAGCACCCAGAUGCCUGGCGGAGUUAUCCUUUCGGUUGGCUGUUCUUGCCAGUAUCCUUGAUCGGACAGCCUUUUUCCGAGGCAACUCGCAGACACUUCCUACCCCUGCUUACGUCGACUCAGUGGUGGAGCGAGACUACGUUGGCAUUGAGAAAAUGCUUCAGCCAGGACGCCGACUUUAAGGAGCGCAUGUUUGCCAAGCAAAUGGCGGUCAUGAAAGGCCAGGCCUGGAACGUGGUGGAGACUCUCAAGACCCCUGAUCACGGACCGCUGGAACUGACUCGUCGGGCGAGGGUGUGCGUGUGGGACGACCUGGUGGACAUUCCGGUUGCGGUUCCUCUGCAGCGUCCGUCGGCAGAAAUGCGGCGGCAAACGGAGGAGCUCGCUGCGCACGAUGAAACGGAAGAAAUGGACAUCAGCAACGCAUUGGCUUCGUCGGCUCCUAACGUUCAUUAUGACCUUCUCGGACUGGAAUCGCCUCCACGCAGCAAUCCGUUCAACAUAUCAAGGCAGUCAAGCACGAUGAACAUGCACGAAAACUCGCGACCGCCAGUCAGUCUCAAGUCUCGGAUGAGCUACGAUGGCCCCCGCCGUAGCAUACCGACUAGUCCAGUGUCGUCCAAAAGGAGGCGGUUUUCCUUCACGAUCCGCAGAAACAGCGGACCACUUGGAGCGGACGAUGACGAAGGUGAUCUUGGAUAUGCGGCAGCAGACGAUAUGGAUGGCCACACAAAACGGGUGAUUGUGGAACGGCUGGAGAUGGUCAAGGCCAAGAACCCGCUGUUCACGUGUUGCUGA